AUGAUGAGCGAGAAUUAAAUCCAAUUGCGGAAUCAAGUCUGGUCUCCAAACUCUUGUUACGCAUGGACUUAAAACUAUCUGACUAUAACUAUAUAUAUAUAUAUAUUUUAAAUAUUGUAAUACUUCAUCCUAGAAUUCUCUAAAAUAGGAUGA